AACUUCACUCCACGUAUCAGUUAAUACUUUGUGGAUAUAUACAGACAGUCUAUAGGGUUGUGAUCAAACCAUAAAAUGAAGUUUAUCUUUUUCGUGCUAUUUGUAAUUCAGGUAGCUUUUGCUCAAAAUUUAUCCUUACCAAUCCCUGAAAUUUCGCAAGAAGAUGCCAACGCAUUACACAGUGCAUUUGUUAAAUUAUUUAGUGAUGGAGCUGUUAUAAAUGAUUUCGCAUUUAAACUUGAGCAAAGAAAUGGCUUAGAUGACCAAACCAUAAAUAAUAUUGCAAACGUUGUCGUUAAGGAAGUGUCUGACUAUAUCACUUCUAUCGCCACAACUCUUCCAAAUAGUGAACAAUUUGUGAAUGCAGUAGUGAGUGCAAUUCAGGAAUUUGAUGUUUUACAGAACCUUUUAAAUAAAGAAGGAUACAACGAUGCAGGAAUUUUCGCAUAUGUUCUAGUUGGAAUUUACAAUGACGUGGUUCUAACACUUAAAACAAUGGCAGAGCCAUUCAUUAGCUCAAUAAGAGAACUUAAAGGCAAUACAAUUGCACCACCAAAACCAACAGUUAAACCGGACCCUGCAGCAAUUGAAACAUUCAAAGCAUCUUUAACAAAGAUUCAUCAAAAUGCAAUGAAAAUUGCUGAGCAAGUUGAAAGCAGCAAACUGAUUAAUCAAAAUAGUCUUACUGAAACUUCUGGAAUCGUUCAAAAAAUUGACAAUUUAAUCCAAAAUAUUUUACAUACUCUCGAUCCUACUGUUGCAGUUGAUGUUAAAGCUUUUAUAAAUGACUUUUUCGCUCAAAUCAUUACUAUUAUGGACAUAUAUGAAGAAUACAAGGGUAUCGAUGAAACUAAAAUUAUGAUGCAACUUGCUAGAAAUGCGUAUAAGAGUGCAAUCAGUUCGUUUUACAAAUUGGAGCUUCAAGCAGAGCAACUUCAAAAUGCUGCUCCAGCAGUUCCAGAACGUGACAAUUUUAAUGGAAUCCCUCCACCACCACCAAACACUGAACAAGAGGCAUCAGUUCAAGUUAAUCCACCAUCUAUUCCAGUUGGAAUUCACACAGCACAAGCAGGUUCUACUGAUCAGAGUAUUCAAAUAGUUCAACAACUCAAACAAAAGACUGAUCGAGAUAUGGAGUUAUUAAUGACUUUGGUGAAGGCUGUGAAGGAUCGAAAUGGAAAAGAAGAUUUAUUGUUUGUGUCAACUUUCGUACAAACUUUACAACAUUUGAAGAACCUUGCUCAAUCAUCAUAUGCUAAUCAACCUGCAGUGAAUGCACAGAUCAGUAAAAUUUUUGAUGCCAUUUUCGUAGAUAUUGCUGAAUGGGACAAAAUCCUUAAGGAAGGAAAUCAAAACAUCGAAACUGCUUUCGCUGAAUUGGUGCCAAAAAUUUUUCGUGACAUUUUAAACUUUUUCUAUGCUGCAGCAGUGAAUAAUGUGCAAGGUCGUCCUUAGUUUCUUGACAUCGCAUGCGGAAAUCACGUCUAAAGAUAUUUAAAACUAUUAAAAUGAAGAUGUUUUUUCAUCCUACUUUCUUCCUUAAAAAUUGUUUUUAAAACACUUUCACUGUAAGAGUAAAUAAAAUGUGUUUUGACACAUAUUUAAAUAUUUGGAAAUGUGUUCUUAAAC